CAGGGACGCGGGGUCCUGCGGAUCGUGCACUGCUGUAGUCAUUAGACAGACGCGAGACGUCAAACAUCGCGCUCUCUCAACAUUCACAACAAUAACAGUCUUCCAGAUAAUCAAAGAUGGCAUCUAUGUUGUUGACUUCACUGAGGAGCAGCCCAUUGACAUCCGUGCAGGCUGCUCAGUUUGCUGCUCGUUCUCUCAGCACAUCUGUUCAUCUGCAAGCUCAAGCAAAGAGCAAGAAAACUCUGGCCAAAUCAGGAGUGAAGAACGUCGUUCUGGUUGAUGGCGUCCGAACACCUUUCCUCCUGUCUGGCACGACAUAUGCUGAUCUGAUGCCCCACGAUCUGGCCAGAGCUGCAUUACAAGGUCUGCUGAAGAGAACCGGUCUCCCUAAAGAUGCUGUUGAUUAUAUUGUGUAUGGAACUGUUAUUCAGGAAGUGAAGACCAGUAAUGUGGCCAGAGAGGCAGCACUUGGUGCUGGAUUCUCAGAUAAGACUCCUGCUCACACUGUGACUAUGGCGUGUAUUUCCUCCAAUCAAGCAAUGACCACAGCUGUUGGUUUGAUUGCUGCCGGUCAGUGUGAUGCCGUCGUCGCCGGUGGGGUUGAGUUUAUGUCCGAUGUUCCCAUUCGUCACAGCCGCAAGAUGAGGAAGACGAUGCUGUCACUCAAUAAGGCAAAGACCCUCGGGGCUCGGCUCUCUCUGCUCAAUUCAGAUUGUUGUUUAAACUUUAAAUGUGGUGAUGUGAUUGUCACAGGGAGAGAUAUUGUGUCUAAAGAUAACGGGAUCCGUCCUGCCACCAUGGAACAGAUGGCCAAACUGAAACCCGCCUUCAUCAAGCCUCACGGCACAGUGACAGCCGCAAACUCCUCCUUCCUGACUGACGGAGCGUCUGCGGUUUUGAUCAUGUCAGAGGAGAAAGCUCUUGCUAUGGGUUACAAGCCUAAAGCGUAUCUCAGAGAUUUUGUGUACGUGUCUCAAGACCCAAAAGACCAGCUGCUUCUCGGGCCGACCUAUGCCACUCCAAAGGUCCUGGAGAAGAGCGGUCUGACCUUGAAUGACAUCGAUGUGUUUGAGUUCCAUGAAGCUUUUGCUGGUCAGAUCAUGGCAAACCUGAAGGCAAUGGAAUCUGACUGGUUCGGCCAAACAUAUAUGGGCAGAAAAACAAAGGUUGGUGCCCCUCCGAUGGAGAAGUUUAACACAUGGGGAGGUUCUCUGUCUCUUGGACAUCCGUUUGCAGCCACCGGCUGUAGACUGGUGACCACCGUCGCCCACAGACUGCAGAAGGAGGGUGGUCAGUAUGGCCUGGUGGCAGCGUGUGCCGCUGGAGGACAGGGUCAUGCUAUGGUGAUCGAAGCUUAUCCUCAGUAACCUUCAUACUUCCACAGACUGUAACACAUUGCACACGCACACAAAUAGAUUCUGUAAAUACUAACGUGCCGUAAUGCCUUGAAAUGUUCAUUAUCUAUUCAUUAUCUGGAGGUUCUCGAUUUGAAAUGAUGCCUGAGAUGUGGAUGUAAAUGUUAACGUAGCUUUACUUGAGAAGGUGUUAAGGAAAAGCUCAGAAGGUGCUCUACAAGUUAAAAAAUAUGGUAUUUUUCCAUGCUAAGUAUAGCACUUAAAACAGGCCAGUUAGAUUCAGAUUUUACAGUAGGGUAAAAUUCACAUUUGAUUGUGAAAACUCUUAUUCUAGUUUUUUUGUCCUAAUUCUAAGCAUUCUAAUCUCCAGAUAGUGCUUUAUUUUAUCUAUGAAGUUAAGCAACUGGGAUCUCUUCUCGCUGGUAUCGUUUGUUUCAUAUGGCAACAUUAGCUGAUCCAUUGACAGUUUACGCCGGUAGCUCUUAAGGAUUGCAUUGUAAGAAGGACUGAUUCUGUAUGAACCAUAAAGACAAAGGUUACGCACUUAAACACGUGUGCCUCAGAUUCAAGCAGGUGAACCUCUGGAGAACUCUGUGAUCGCUCUCUCCGUUUUCUAGCAGUUUGUACAAAUAAAUAUUGUGUGAAAUG